AUGUUCGAACCUUACAACCUUACUCUGUUAGACCAUUUUGCGCCUCCAGGGCAUUUCAGUAUAUCUCUCACGUUUAGUUUGGUUGGCAAGAACUGUGUGCAGGUCCUUCAGCGAAUGGAGGAUGCGGUGGAUCGUUUGGUCUCCAAAUUCCCCUUCUUGGCUGGGAUGGUGGUACCAUCUACCCAGCCAGAUGGUAGAAGCAACGUACUUCAGGUACGGCCUGCCACUGCUACCGAGCUUGAAGAGUAUCCUAUUCUAGUCACUCAACAUCAUACAGAAUCCACCGCUCUCGCCGUGGAUGGAAAAUUGAAUCCUGCCUUGAUACCGUUCUCAGUCGUCUAUCCACCACGUAGACCUUCUCCUGUGCUACGGUGGAAGGCAAAUGUGAUUGGAGAACAGUUACACAUCGUCUGGUGCUUUGAUCAUCAGGUAAUAGAUGGGUCGGGAAUUUUGAAAUUGACCGCUACUUUCACCGCGUUCUGUCAUGAUCUAAAUGCCCCUGUACCAUUCACGACUCCGCAUGCGCAAGAAGAAACAAGACUGCAUAUCAAAGAGAUUGCAUCUACAGCCACACCACAGAAUCUUCAAUGGACGCCCUUUUCUACCCCAACAAGUGAAAACGAAUUAUCGACAGAUUACAGUCGAGCGCCCAUCAGUUACCCCCAUGUACUCGAUGGCCCAAAGAUACAAAUGCUGCACGAUGCCUGCAAUUCAGCUUUACGGUUUCUUCUUGAGAAAUAUAGUAUGGAUCUUCCUGAGAUGUCCCUUUCACCGGGUCUGGUCGUCAGCGCACUGUUGGGCAUAUGUAGCAGUCGUGCCCGCUUGAGGGCUUUCCCCGAUGACAAGGAGCUCUCAUUCGAGAUGUUCAUUGUGGAAAAUAUUCGAAAGGCACUCAACUUACGUCGGGGAUAUAUUGGCAAUGCUAUCUUAGGCACGAAAAGCACGUGCGAUGGUGCUGCGCCUCCUCCGCCUGAAGCCCUGCGAGAUAUUCAUGUGCCAGAGCCUCUCAGUCCCGUGGGGCCGGAUGAUAUCUGGCGGAUCUGCAAAGUUGCCCAGACUCUUCAAGAAGCAUCCGAACACCUUAACAAACAGUAUGCACAAGGCAUAAUCGCAACAAUGUCCCAUGAACGUGAUUGGAGCUCACUCCUACCUGGGUGGGGGGUGAAUUUCCUUGUGUCUAAUAUCAGGUCGGCAACGCCGUAUGUGAACUUUGGGCCACUCGGAGACCUUCAGUUGCUUGACAUCCAUUUCGCUACACUUCCUGGAUUUUGCUGGAUAAUGCCCAACCUUCCAUCUGAAGUUGCAUCGCCAUAUCCAUGCUGGAGAUUGCGAUGGGUUUUGGAACGGGCGGCGAUGGAGUGUUUAUCGAGUGAUCCCCUGUUCCAAUGGGCUACAACUCCUAGUAUAGCACCCAGUUACGCUAAAGUCUAA